CCGCAGGAACUCGACACGCGAAAUUCAACGAAGACAAGGAACAGUCAGCGUCGAGCAGCGUUUCCGCUCCGCUUGUGCGUUCCUCCGCGAGAGGACGAGAUGAGUCCUCUCAUCCUCGUAUCAAUUAUUUCCAAAUCUUCGAAAUCUCUCGAAAAAUCAUAAAACUGUACGAUACGACAAAAAGGAAAUAAGAAAAAGAGAAAAGAACAAAAAAAAAAAAGAAGCGAAAACGGGAAGGGAAGAAAAGAAGAAGAAAAAACAGAACCGAAAAAUAAAAAUAAAUACAAAAACGACGAUAGGGGUGUGCGGCCGCGCGCGCGCGCGCACGCAAGAAACUCAGAUUCAUGCUGGUACAUUUCGGAUCUUUUAUUUUCUCAUUCUUAUCAUUUUCACGCUCGAUUCGAUUUCAACAAGGGUGCGUAAGGUCGCACACGCGUUCGAAGCAUGGCCAUCAUGCAAUCCUGUUGCUGUUGGCAAUCAGUUCGCAGAGGGAGUUACGCUUGUGCCAUUUAUACCGGAAUUUACUUUAUUAUCUUAGCCAUUACAACAGGAACAGUCUUGCAAGCCGAAAGUGAAUAUUUAUCUGGAAAUCGAUCAUUACCAGAAUCGUCGAGUUUCUUAGAAGUUGAUACAAUAUCCCCUGGUAAGUAUCACGUAGUUUUUCAAAGUUAUAUAUUUAAGUUGAGCAAAGAGAGAAUUUUUAUUGUUUCAGCUACCGUACGAUUCAAUAUAACUUUUUUGAUAUGUUCGUGUUCUGGUGUAAUCUGUACUAUUCUUCUCGUAUACGGCUUACUCAAGGACAAGCGAAUCUUCCUCUUGCCAUGGAUCGUUAACGUGAUCGCUUGCAGUAUGGUCGACAUCGCGCACGCUUUGUAUCUCAUAAUUGUGACACCCAACUUUAAUCCAAUAACGGCGAUGCUCUACACGCUCAACUUUUUUCUUCUAUGUUUAAACGUAUACUCUCUUCUCUGCGUCAUCUCGCAAUAUCAGGAAUAUUUGGCCGGCCGUGGUACGGCAGCGGAUGACAAUGACUACAGGGUCAGUAUUCUGAGAGUCUCACGACGGAAAGGGCAACGGGAUAAGGGAAGAAAAGUUCCAGCGGUGAGAUACGCGGUACAACCGACGACAACUGCGACAUCCUGUUUGAGCUCACGAAGAGCACCGACCAAUAACGAGACGAAGGCAACACCAACGCCAACGCAAAGUCCAACCGCGGUACGGACUGUUCUUUCGUGUCCUGAAAAGAGUCCUACGGUAGGACGAGCAAAUAAGAAGCACGUUCAAUUUCCGGACACGCCAACACCAACAUCAAGCUCGACGCCAACGGCAAUACCGAUAUCCCUGGAAAAAUCGGAAAUUCCUCUGACGGACUCCAAUGCAAAGUAUACCCUGGAUGUAGGAGUUUCUCUCGAAAAACAUUAAUAAUUAAUCAUAGAUUAAUUGUUUCAAACACAAGCUGGUAAUUAAAAUUCUCGCAGAGUGAGAUACUAUCUAUUCAUAUUUCGCGAUCGAUCGUUUUUACUAGGACAAUCUCCUCUACGAAGGACUUCAUUAAAUUAUCUCGUCGCGAAUCGUUAAUACUCAAAAUAUUACGCUACUACAAAAUAAAUGGACUUGCAAUGAACCAACGGUACCUGUUGUUUGUAUAUGUAUAUAUUUUUUAGAGAUAUAAAAAGAUAUGUAACAUUUUUCAAUAAAUCAUCUAUAUAUGAGAUUUAUUGUAUUCGGAAAUUAAAUAUUUCCCAAUCCAAAAGAGAAAGAGAGAGAGAGAGAGAGAGAAAGAAUGAUAGAAUGGGAGAAUGAGAGAA